GGGCGCGCGCUUCCGGUCUUUGUGGCUGCGGCUGCUGCCUGACCGCUCCGGGGCUCGGCGGAAAGAGAAAAAGAAAACUCAAAUUCUGAAGCACAAGACUCAGUUGUAGUGAGUGAGCUUUUUGCUAAGCUAUUUCAGCACCAUGGCCGUGGAAUCCAGAGCCAUUUCAACUUUGGUACCUCGGAAUCACCAGGAACUAAUAUUAGUGAAAGUGGAAGAAAGUCUUUCGUGGGGUCAGAAAUCUAGAAAGAAUGGGAGUAAUCAAUCUUGCCAAGAAUUGUUUCGCCAACAAUUCAGAAAGUUUUGCUACCAGGAGACACCAGGGCCCCGGGAGGCCUUGGGCCGACUCCAGGAGCUCUGCUAUCAGUGGCUCAUGCCUGAGGUGCACAGCAAGGAGCAGAUCCUGGAGCUGCUGGUGCUGGAGCAGUUCCUGAGUAUUCUACCUGAGGAGCUGCAGAUCUGGGUUCAGCAGCAUAGUCCACAAAGUGGCGAGGAAGCUGUGACACUUCUGGAGGAUUUGGAGAGGGAAUUCGAUGAUCCAGGGCAACAGGUCCCAGCUAGUCCACAGGGCCCUUCAGUGCCUUGGAAGGAUUUGACAUGUCUUGGAACUUCCCAAAAGUUAACAAAUAUCCAACUCCAGCCUUUAAAGACACAGCUGAAGCCCUGGAACUCUUGCCCUCCCCCUCAAAGUGAUUCUGAAACCAGUGAAUCAGCAGCAAAGGACUUAACAAGAGAAAAAUCACAAAGAAUUCCCCAAGAGCCUUCAUUUGGAGGAAUUAGUGAACAUAAAAGCAGUUUAGACUGGCAGCAAGGAAGUGCUACAGGGGAAAAACUUACACAGCCUUCCCAAGGAGGCAGUUUUAGUCAAGUCAUCUUCACACACAAUUCUGUAGGGGACAGUGUCCAACACAGUGGCCCUCAGAGAAACUUGAUUCUAAGUGCAAAUGCUUUAAUGUAUCAGAAAGCUCCUACUGAUGAAAGACCUUAUAAGUGUGAUGUGUGUGGACACAGAUUCAAACAGCACUCCUCUCUCACGCAGCACCAGAGAAUCCAUACUGGAGAAAAGCCUUAUAAGUGUAACCAAUGUGGAAAAGCCUUUAGUUUGAGAUCGUACCUUAUUAUUCAUCAGAGAAUUCACAGUGGUGAGAAAGCAUAUGAGUGUAGUGAAUGUGGGAAGGCCUUCAGUCAGAGCUCAGCCCUCAUUAGACAUCGGAAAAUUCAUACUGGUGAGAAAGCUUGUAAGUGUAAUGAAUGUGGUAAAGCAUUCAGUCAAAGUUCUUAUCUCAUUAUACACCAAAGAAUUCACACUGGUGAAAAACCCUAUGAAUGUAAUGAGUGUGGAAAAACCUUCAGCCAGAGCUCAAAACUUAUUAGACAUCAGCGAAUUCAUACAGGAGAGAGACCUUACGAGUGUAACGAAUGUGGAAAAGCUUUCAGGCAGAGCUCAGAGUUGAUUAGCCAUCAGAGAAUACAUAGUGGAGAAAAGCCCUAUGAAUGUAACGAGUGUGGAAAAGCCUUCAGCUUGAGCUCAAACCUCAUCAGACACCAGAGAAUUCAUAGUGGAGAGGAACCUUAUCAGUGUAAUGAAUGUGGCAAGACCUUCAAAAGGAGCUCAGCCCUUGUUCAACAUCAGAGAAUCCAUUCUGGGGAUGAAGCCUACAUAUGUAGUGAGUGUGGGAAGGCUUUCAGGCACAGAUCAGUGCUGCUACGCCACCAGAGAGUCCAUGCUGUAAAAACACAGUAUAGCUGUAAUGAGUGUGGGCAAAGCUUUGCUUGGAAUACAGAAUUUAUAAGACAUCAAAGAGCCCAUCAGGAGAAACCCUAUAAAUGUGAUAAAUGUAGAAAGGCAUUUAGUGUAAGCUCAGCUCUGAUUCUUCAUCAAAGAAUUCAUACUGAUGAAAAACCCUAUCCUUGUAGAUGGUGUAUUAAAUGUUUCAGUAGGAAUUCAGACCUUAUUAAACAUCAGAGAGUCCACACCGGUGAAAAACCUUAUAAAUGUGAUGAAUGUGGGAAAGCUUUCAGUCAGAGCUCAGAUCGUACUAUACAUCAGAGAAUCCAUACAGGAGAAAAACCCUAUCAGUGCAAUCAUUGUAGUAAAAGUUUUAACCAGCGCUCAGAUCUGAUUAAACAUAAGAGAAUUCAUACCGGAGAGAAGCCUUAUAGAUGUAACCAGUGUAACAAACAUUUUAGUCAGAGUUCGGAUGUUACAAAACAUCAAAGAAUACACACUGGUGAAAAACCGUAUAAAUGUGAUGUAUGUGGAAAAGCCUUCUGUCAGAGCUCAGAUCUUAUUCUGCAUCAGAGAAUCCACACUGGAGAGAAACCUUACCCAUGUGAUCAGUGUAACAAAAGUUUCAGCCAGAACUCAGAUCUUAUUAAACACCGAAGGAUUCACACUGGAGAGAAACCCUAUAAGUGUAAUGAGUGUAAGAAAGCUUUUAAUCAGAGCUCAGUCCUUAUUCUGCAUCAGAGAAUUCACACUGGAGAGAAACCUUAUCCAUGUAACCAAUGUGACAAAACCUUCAGUAGACUUUCAGAUCUAAUUAAUCACAAACGAAUUCACACUGGAGAGAAGCCUUAUUCAUGUAAGCACUGCAGUAAAAUGUUUAGUCGACGAUCAGAUCUUGUUAAACAUCAUAGAAUUCAUACAGGUGAGAAACCCUACAAAUGUGAUGAGUGUGGAAAAUCCUUCAGUCAGAGUUCAAGCCUCAUUCUUCAUCAGAGAAUUCACACUGGAGAGAAACCUUAUCCGUGUAGCGUUUGUAUUAAGAGUUUUAGUCGUCGUUCAGAUCUUGUCAAACAUAACAGAAUCCACACUGGGGAGAAGCCAUACACAUGUAAUCAGUGCAAUAAAAGCUUUAGUCAGAGCUCAGACCUUACCAAACACCAGAGAAUUCACUCUGGGGAAAAACCCUAUCGUUGUGAUAUUUGUGAGAAAGCCUUCAGUCAGAGUUCUGACUUUGCUCUUCAUCAGAGAACGCACAUGGGAAAAAACUAGAUUCCUGCACAGAUUAGUAAAAGUCUCAGAACUCCAACUUUACCAGACACUAACAAGUCCUCACUGGUGGAAAUACAACUGUAAUGCGUGUGAGAAGGCUUUCAGUGCUCAGCUCUUACAGUGAAUCAAAGAAGCUACACUGGAGAGAAACCUUAUCCAUGCAGUGUUUAUACUAAGAGUUUUAGUCAUUGUUCAGACCUUGUCAAACAUCACAAAAUCUACCCUAGGGAGAAGCUAUAUGCAUGGUAUCAGUGCAAUAAAAGUUUCAGUCAGAGCUCAGAUCUUACCACACACCAAA